GAUCGCAUCCAACGGCUCUGCUCCAUUCAGCCAUGUCGGCGCUCUCGUGGACCCAGAUCUAUCACACGCCGCUCUUCCCGGCCUUCUUCGAGGCCCUGGGCCUGCCGAAGGCGUCCGAGCAUGUUGCCACCUUCCUGACGACGACCGUGGUCUGCCAUUUGAUCUACCUCUCGGCCUUCCCGCUCUCGUUCCACUUUUCGUCGGCGUACCGCACUCUGCGAGGAUACAAGCGCAAGGACUGGUGCAUCCACUGGGUGACGCUGUCGUUCUCAAGCACGAUCGUGUGUCUGGCGCUCCCGAUGCUCUUCGAUCCUGCGCUGCAGCAAGACCGAGUGUUUGCCAACAGCUGGUAUUCCGGCACCGUCCUAGCGAUUGCCUGCGGAUACUUCCUUUGGGACUCGCUGAUCAUCUUGGCCAACAUCCAGAACGCCGGAGGAGCCAUGCUUGUGCACGGCGUGGCCUGUCUGCUUGCCUAUGGAGCAUCGUUCAGACCUGUCCUCAACUUUUACGGCGGCGUAUUCUUGAUGUUUGAGCUGAGCACCCCGUUCCUGAACGUCCACUGGUUCUGCGACAAGGUUGGCCUCACGGGCAGCCGGCUCCAGUGGAUCAACGGCAUCGUCCUGCUUGCGGUGUUUUUCUUUGCCCGGAUCGUCUUUGGCCUGUCCAUGUCGUAUCUGUUCUGGGGCGACAUCAUCGUCCACUGGAGCCAGGUUCCGAUCUUCAUCGCCGGGCUCUACUGUAUCGCCAACGUGGUUCUCAACUCGCUGAACCUGUUCUGGUUCUACAAGAUGAUCUCGUCGGUGCGAAAGCGCUUCAACAAGAAGGAGGAGUAGAGCCGUUGCGCUUGUCGUUGCGCUUGUCGCUGUGCUUGUCGUUGCGCUUGUCUCUGUGCUUGGCGGUGCUUCCCUGUUGCCGAAUCUCGGACAUGUUGUAUGUCGCUCCCCAUCCGGGGCAUGUAUCCGUGCAUCGGGUAUCCCUUUCCUGCCCUGCAAUGCACUAGGAUGCACUGCAUCGGAUACAUAUUCUCUUGAUGCUAUCCUGUCGUGUCGAAUAAAGCGUUAUCCGUUCGUGCCGAGCAA